UGAUAAGCCCCGGUCUCGCGAAGUACGCUACAUUAUCUGCUACAACUGGCGAAUAAUAUUGCUUAAAGCUUAUGUUUAUGAUAUUUGAAUAAUAACAGUAAUUACGGCAUUUUUAGGGACGCUUUUCAAGUAUAGUAGGCGAGUAGCCGUCCAGUCCGCGCCGAUGCCGGAUGCCCGGAUGGCGAGGUUAAGACCGAACUAACAACUUUGACAAAACAAGAAGACUGGUUUCUAUUGAACAGUAUAUACUCUUGUCGCUUUUUACUAGUGCAUGUUGUGAUAUAAACAAGGACCAUGACAGCUCUGGCUCAUCUUCGUAGAGGAGCUUAUCGAGCUCGACAAAUUUUUAAAACAACCCAGAAUACAAACAAGAUCUUGCACUUAUCCGCACGAUUGGAAUCUAGUUUUGUGCCAAAACGAGUGCUGGUCUUAACCAAAGUCUCGAGGUACCAAAUUGAGAAGCUUCAGAAUCCUGAGCUUAGUGAAAAUCAGUUGAAAGAUAAAUUACUGUCAAGAGGUACCAAUUAUGAUGCGAUUCUGGCUGGACACAAUCGAAAUAAGGCAACAGAAUCAAGAACUGUGGAGGCACUUAAAAACUUGAAUAUCACGUAUCGAGUCAAAGACAGGCACAGUAUAGAUGUUGACAGUAUUGCUUGGGCAGAUUUGAUUGUACCUGUUGGUGGAGAUGGCACAUUUCUCUUGGCUUCCAAUUUAAUUAACGAUAACACUAAACCUAUAGUAGGCAUCAAUUCAGAUCCUGAAUUUUCUGAGGGAUUUUUAAUGCUAUCUCCAAAAUAUACUAACAAUAUCCCUGAGAUAUUUGAAAGACUCAGAGCUGGGAAGUUUGAAUACUUUAUGAGGACCAGGAUUAGAACAACUCUUCACGGGGAGAAUAUUUGGCAGAUGCCUUUUCACAUGCAUGACAAUAGUUCAUGUUGUGCAGAUGACAAAUUUUAUGUGAUUCAUCAUUUGUCUACAAUACCAAAAGGAGAACUUCCUAAAGAGAGGCGAUUACCUUGGCUGGCUCUUAAUGAAGUUUUUAUCGGCGAGUCUCUUUCAGCGAGAAUAAGCAUCUUACAUAUCAAUCUAGGGAAGGAGACAUUUAAGAAAGUAAAAAGUUCUGGUUUGUGUGUGACUACCGGAACGGGAUCAAGUUCAUGGUACAGAGCAAUCAAUGCUCUCAAUCCACAAAUGGUUGAGGAUGUUCUUACGAUGGCAGGGUGUAAAAAAGUUCCCAAGUGUGAGGAAAUGAAAAAAAUCUGUUACGAUUUCAACUCAGGACUUCAGUACCCAGCAGAUGAACUUAAAUUAAGUUACGUCAUUCGCGACAUGAUCUUCAAGCACAUUUGGCCGAUGCCGAAAAAUAUCCAUCCACGAGGUUUUUGCGACAAGUUGACAGUGAGAUCUCAGUGCUAUGACGGAGGAUUGGUCAUCGACGGUGGCAUCGCCGUCCGUUUCAAUGUUGGAACCACGGCAGUUCUCGAGGCUCGCGAAGAAGACACUUUGCGCAAUAUUGUUCUUCCUGAUUGAUAAGCAAAUAAUAUCACUAACUUGCGAAAACAUUCCCGAAGGACGUGAACAAAGUUUCCCUCUGAAUUUUGUCCAGAGAACAACUUUUUGAAAUACAUUAUUUCCAACUUACACUGCCUCACGGUGUAACAAUGUGGACUACAAUCACGUAUGAUUGGUUUUGAGUAGGAAGCUUGAUAUUGUCUACUCGUAUUUAUAUAUUUUUAGAUAUUUCGUAAGAUCUGCAUCGAUGUUUUUAAGGAGUUGAGAGCCAAUAUUUAUAUAAAAAUUUGGUACAUUUUGUUUUUCUAAAUGUACUGAAGAAAUUCCUAUCUUAAUUAUUCAAGCACAAGUAGAUUAGGAUUUUCACAAUGAACGUCAACUAAUCAUCUGUCUAUAUCGUUGUUUUUUAACUCUACUAACUAAGAGAUCUUAAUCAGAUACUCACUAUUAUUUAAUUAAAGUCAGAUGAGAAAAAAUCAGCGAGACUUAAUAAAAAAGACCUUUUUAAUUCGCUUUGUCAAAUGUGAUAUUUAACUACUUUUAUGAAAAGUGUAACUUUUGAAAUGAUAUUAUAUUUUGUACAAUUGUAGAUGUUAAUAAAUAAUAUUUUAAACAAUUUA